GAAAGCGGCGCCGCCCGCCGGUCGCAGACGCGGCAAUGCUGGUGUCCCCCGCCUCUUCAUUUAGGGCUCUCGGAAGGAAAGAGGGCGAGCAGCGGGUAUCCGCGCCGCGCCUCUUCGCACGUCUGUCUCCCAAAUAGGGCCCCUUAUCCCGGCCGCCCCGGUCCCUGCGCGGACUGGGCGCAUCUUUCCGGCCUCACCGCGGCGCCCACACUGUCUAGCGUCCCCGUCCCGGUCCCCAGUCCCUGCCCUGUCGCCGGAGCGGUCACUGCCCCGCCCGCCGUUCUUCCGCUGCCACCGCUGCUGGCACCAUGGGCAGUGAGCAGAGCUCCGAGGCCGAGAGCCGACCCAACGAUCUGAACUCCUCAGUGACUCCUUCUCCAGCUAAGCAUAGAGCCAAGAUGGAUGAUAUUGUGGUUGUAGCUCAGGGCUCUCAGGCCUCACGGAAUGUCAGCAAUGAUCCUGAUGUCAUCAAGUUACAAGAGAUUCCAACUUUCCAGCCCCUUUUGAAAGGGCUAUUGAGUGGCCAGACUUCCCCAACAAAUACCAAAUUGGAGAAACUGGAUUCUCAGCAGGUGUUGCAGCUGUGCCUCCGAUAUCAGGAUCACCUGCACCAGUGUGCAGAAGCUGUUGCUUUUGAUCAGAAUGCUUUGGUUAAACGAAUCAAAGAGAUGGAUCUGUCUGUAGAAACCCUCUUUAGCUUCAUGCAGGAACGCCAGAAAAGAUAUGCAAAAUAUGCUGAGCAGAUCCAGAAAGUCAACGAAAUGUCUGCCAUCCUCCGCCGCAUACAGAUGGGCAUCGACCAGACGGUGCCGCUGAUGGAAAGGCUCAACAGCAUGCUGCCUGAGAGCGAGCGGCUAGAGCCCUUCAGCAUGAAGCCGGAGCGAGAGCUCAAGCUAUAGCACUGCUGGUUCCCACCUGCCAGGCUGCUUUUAGGAGGCAGAGAUGCCAGUAACCCAGAGGACAUUUGGAGCCCAAGUCCUGUGGUAUGACCAAGGCCUGAAGCUGGUACAAGGUCUGGGUCCUCACUGCAGUGGACACUGCAUGGACUGCCACUGCCAGCAUGGACUGUCUUUGCCCAUCUCCUUCCCUUGAUGCGAAUGCCCUGUGUGAAACGAACAGAACUGAUUCUUGGUGAUAACUGAAGUUGGAACAUUACUAGAAAUUGUUUUAAAUGCUGCAUGGAGAGUUAUUUUUUGUUUUCUUUUUUGUUUUUUUAUUGACAGUAUAUAUAUUCUAGUGUAGCUACUGGAGUGAAAACAUAGAAAAAAGGAAGAAAAAUUUUUUAAGAAGCUAUGUGUCUUCAAUGCCCUUGUGAAAUUUUACUCAGGCUCUGGGUUAUGGGUUAUAAACAUGAAAAAAAAUUAAUCCA